AUGGAACCGUUCAACAUCAACACUUCAACACAUCAACACUUCAACACAUCAACACAUCAACACAUCAACACUUCAACACAUCAACACAUCAACACAUCAACACAUCAACACAUCAACACCAUCAACACCAUCAACACCAUCAACACCAUCAACACCAUCAACACCAUCAACACCAUCAACACCAUCAACACCAUCAACACCAUCAACACCAUCAACACCAUCAACACCAUCAACACCAUCAACACCAUCAACACCAUCAACACCAUCAACACCAUCAACACCAUCAACACCAUCAACACCAUCAACACCAUCAACACCAUCAACACCAUCAACACCAUCAACACCAUCAACACCAUCAACACCAUCAACACCAUCAACACUUCAACACUUCAACGCCAUCAGUACCAGUAUCAACACAUGACCAAUCUUUCCCCUUAUUCAUAA